UCAUUUUUUUCGCAGGCGAGGCUGGUGCAGUCGCUCGCCUCGCGCCGCUUACCGCUGUUUUAGUAGAAAACUUAUUCGUCCCGUUGUGAAAAAAUGGGGAAAGUUGUUCUUAUUUCAAUCGCAGUAGCUUUACUGUCGGUGCUGCUUGGAGAAAGGCUUGUCAAUAUAAGCAACAGGCACCUCGCCUUCAGGGAGGUAGCUCAGAACCAUUUACCCAACUGUGUUCCACUCAAAAAACUGGAUCAUGGGACCGAGGACAUAACUGUCAUGGAGAAUGGACUUGCCUUUAUCAGCACUGGGCUCAAGUAUCCUGGAGUUCCCUCCUCAGAUGUGCCUGGAAGGAUCUACACUGUGGACCUCAAUGAUCCUCUAAUGAAACCAGUGGAGCUGAGGAUGCCAAGAGGCUUCGACCUGGACUCAUUCAAUCCCCAUGGCAUCAGUUUAUAUAUCGAGCCAAGUGAUGACACAGUCUACCUGUUCGUCGUCAAUCACCCUCAAGACAACAGCCAAGUUGAGCUUUUCAAAUUUGUAGAGGACGACUUCUCCCUCUUCCAUCUGAAAACCAUCAAACACGAACUUCUGCACAGUGUGAACGAUAUCGUCGCUCUGGGCGUGGACCGUUUCUAUGCCACCAACGACCACUACUUCCACAAUAAAAUCCUGAAAUAUUUGGAGGUCCUUCUGCUUCUUCCCUGGACUAACGUGGUGUACUACAGUCCCRAGGAGGUCAAAGUGGUCUCUGACGGCUAUUACUUUGCAAACGGGAUCAACAUCUCUCCAGACAAAAGGUACAUAUACGUGUCGAGCAUAUUUAGCCACGAUGUGCACGUGUUGGAGCGGAGGGAGGACAACGGGUUGACUCCUGUGAAGGCGGUAGCCGUGGGUUCCCUUUGUGACAAUAUUGAAGUAGACCCUGAAACUGGCGACCUUUGGAUGGGAUGUCACCCUAAUGCAAGAAAGCUUUUCCUGUUUGACCCUAAAAACCCACCAGGAUCAGAGGUCAUCCGCAUCCAGAACAUCCACUCCGAUCAGCCCGUGGUCACUCAGGUGUACGCAGACGAUGGUCAUGUGAUCAUGGGCUCCUCUGUGGCGACCACCUAUGGGGGGAAGUUGCUCAUCGGCAGCGUGUUUCAUAAAGCUUUGAUCUGUGAUUUGAAGUAGACAGUGUCAUGAAGCUAGAGCCUGUAAUGAUGUUUAAUUAUGGGAACAAAAAUUCACCUGAAAAUGUUUUACAGGAAAACCCUGCAGGUAUGUAAAAUCAGAUAACCUCAGCUUGUGCCAGCAUGCUUAAAGUGGUAGUUUAAAUCUUUUUAUUGGGGUUCUGUUGAAAAGUUUUCCAGAUUAAUAUAUCUAACCUCUUUGAACGGCAUCAGUUGGGAAAAGUAUUAAAAAAAAACUUUUUCAGAAUAUCCAAACUAUCCCUUUAAAGGUGCUUUUGGGAGAAACUGGAGGAGGAGGAUGUUUACCUGAGCCACAAACUGUGAUUAUAGUGACCCCUAUGUCAACUGUUUACAAAACUAAGCUCUUUUUAUUUGAUUUGAUUUUAACAGAUUAACAUGGGGUCUUUUACUUUUUUUUAAAUUACUGUUGUAAUUUUAAUUUGUUUGUCACAGCAACUCAGUCUUACAGGAAAUAAAGAGAAUUGUGCUAAAAAAAUAA